AUGGCCAUGCUCUCAACCCUCUGGAAGAAUGUUUGGUUGCAGCAUGGGCAGCUUGUGUUUGAUCAGGACUUCUUUCAAAGCAUCCAAAAUUACGUAGCUGAAAACUCCACAAGUGCUCAGUCUGAUGUAGAGCGGUGGUGUAGUUUUCUAUCAAGAAAUGGUAUUGAAGAACUCACCUUGCAUUUGUUUGUUCUUCGAAGUAUGUUUAAGCUGCCAAUUUGUAUAUUCUCGUGCCACACAAUUAAGCGGCUGAAACUCGAUAGUCUCAUUGUAGAUUUCCCAGCAAAUGCUCCCUGUAUAUUCCCCGGAGUAACUUCAUUAGUUUUCGAUAGCGUUGAGCUUAAUGGAGUUGCCUCUACUAUUCCUAAUCUUGAGAAGCUGGCUUUCCUUGGAGAUUGUGAGGGGAUGGAUAAAUUUCAGAUCAUUGCUCCGAAACUUGAAAGCUUGUGUCACAUUAGUGGUUAUUCUGGGUUUGAACCGACAUGGUUUGCAGUUCAAUUGAAUAGAAUUAAGACUCUUUGCUUAUCUGGAGGCAGUUUCUUGUGGCGUAGAGAUAUUGUAACAGCCGUGCUUAAUUCUUCGACGACUGCAAUAAAUCUGCAAGUAAUGGAACUGCAUGAUUUGAGUUUUAGUUGUGAGCUGCAGAUCAGCACUGCUAUGACAUUGCUUCAAAAAUCUCCCAACCUAUGUGAAUUGGGUAUUGGGGCAGCAAUGGCAAGGGCCCAAUAUGAAGAAGAUACUUUGAAUCAUUUGGAGGAUCCAGACCAUUACUUUAUUAAUCAGGAUAUGAAGAUGCUUAAAACAGUAAAGAUUGACGGGUUUAAUGGAUCUAGGCUUGAAGUUCUCUUUAUAAAGUCAGUCUUCUCCAAAUGCCCUGCAUUGGAGAGAGUUGUUAUUCACCCUGCAUGGAGUAUAAUAGAUGCCUUAAUGGGGAUGAAUAUCCUAAGAGAGUUGGCGUGCUUCCCUCGUGCAUCUCCUAAUGCACAACUUGUCUUCCUGGAGCACGAGUCUACGUAUAACCUUGUUGGUUAUAAUGUCAUAGAUGAAUACUAA